AAUAUCUUCAAAUCUUUUCUUCCUCUUCUGUUUGCAUUUCCAGGCUUACUCGACACUAUCAGUUAAUAGUUUCAAAAUUUUCCCAGAAACUACUCGCCAUGGUUCAUGAAUCCCAUCAUCAAUGGCUGUAAAGCUAGCCCCUUUAACGUUUUCCAAGAAAAUCCCCAUCUGGGUAAUCUCAAGCGCAUACAUUUCUUCAAUUCCCUCCGCUAAUCCAGCAGAAAUUUUCCCGGAAACCAAUCGGAACCCGCCAAAUACGUUCGAGUUCGAACAGAGCAUUCGGUUCUUGAGGAAUAAGCUUGUCCCGGAUAACUUAAUCCGGGUCUUGGAUAACACAGACGAUUUGAGCUCUGCUGUGAAGAUAUUCAAAUGGGCUUCUCUCCAAAAUCGGUUUUGCCACACUCCAGAUACGUAUAACAGGAUCAUUCUGAAGCUGGGCUUGGCUGGGAAUAUUCAAGAAAUGGAGGGGUUUUGUCAAAAUAUGGCAAGAGACAGAAUCCCAGGUACUAAAGAGGCUUUUUGUGCAUUAAUUGAUACGUUUGUUAAACAUUCUAGACUAAGUGAAGCUUUAUUAGUACUUGUGAGUAUGAAUUUAGGUGGCUAUAAUGCCUCAAUUGAGAUAUUUAAUUCUUUAUUGGGUGCUUUGGUAAGAGCAAAGAGAGAAUUUCAGGAUGUGUUGUUUGUUUAUAAAGAGAUGGUUAAAGCAAGAGUUUCACCAACUAUUGAGACUUUGAACUAUUUGUUAGAUGCAUUGUUUGCGGUUGACCGUGUUGAAACUGCAUUGGAUCAGUUUAAGAGAAUGAACAAGAAGGGUUGUAGUCCAAACAGUAGAACUUUUGAGAUACUUGUGAAGGGUCUUGUUUCAAAACGCCAAGUGGAUGAAGCCGUCGUUGUUUUGGGCGAAAUGUUUGAAUCUGGAUGUGAGCCUGAUUUGAGUUUCUUUAGUUGUGCAAUACCGUUGUUUUGUAGGGAAAAUAAGCUAAAGGAGGCCAUCAGAUUGUUUAGAAUGAUGAAAGGUUAUAAUUUUGUGCCGGAUUCGAUGACUUAUACAGUUUUGAUGGAGUGUUUAUGUGAAAACUUUUGGUUAGAUGCGGCAAUCUCUCUUGUUGAAGAGAUGAUCAAAACUGGGUUGCCACUGCCUAAUGACGUUGUUGUCGAUGUAAUCGACAUGUUUUGUAACUUAGGGAAAGUAGACGAGGCUGUAAAGUUUCUGGAAGAAAAGAAUAUUCUUGAAAUUUCUCCAUACAAUGCAUUACUUGAAGGUUGCUACCGUGCAGGUAAAUUUUCUACGGCAAAAGAUACAAUGUGUAAAAUAUUGGAGAGGAAUAUAGAGGAUUGUAGUACUUGGAAUAUCCUUAUCAGAUGGGUAUGUGAGCAAGAAGGGAUUAGGAAAGCCUCUGAACUUCUUGGUAGAAUAGUUGUAUCUUCUUUUAUGCCCGACUCUGCCACAUACUCAGCUUUAGUUCUUGGAAACUGCAAAUUGAGCAAGUAUGAGGAUGCUCUGGAAUUAUUUUAUCGGAUGCAGGAUGAAUGUUGGGUUUUGGAUUCUGUAUCUUACUCCAAGCUAGUUGAAGGCCUUUGCCACACGGGAUUGAUAACUGAGGCUGCUGAAGUUUUCCGUUACAUGUCUGGCAAUGGAUGCCCUCUUCGAUCUUUGUCAUUCAAUAUGUUGAUUAAGGGUAUUUGCGACGUUGGAAAGCUCAGUAAAGCAAUAAGACUCUGCUGGUUGGCUUACACUUCAGGUACUUCUUGUACUAGUUCAACUUACGCUAUGAUUAUGCAUGGUUUGCUAAAAGUGGGCAAGUCAAAAGAUGUGUUGGUAGUCCUCUCACUGAUGCUGGUGGAGGGUUGCAACAUCGACUCGGAAGCAUAUUGCAUUCUCAUAGAGAGCAUGAGUUUGCAAAAUAGAAUAGAGGAUUGUGUUUUGCUUUUUAACAUGAUGGUUAAAGAGGGUCUCGUGCCCGCCUCAGAAAGACUUUUUGAGGCACUUUCUUGGAUUGCUAACCAUGGUCAGUUGUGUGCAAUCUCGUGUUCCAUCGAUAAACUUAUUUCCAGAGAAGAAAUGGAUCCAUCGACAUACAACAUUCUGAUCAAUGGCUUGUGGAAAGAGGGUAACAAAAAUGAGGCUCGUAGGUUACUGGAUUUAAUGUUGGAAAAGGGUUGGGUCCCAGAUGCAAAAACUCACGGAUUAUUGAUUGGCUCUGUUGCUAGAGAAGAAGUAGAGAGUGAGACGCUGGUCUAUGGUAACCCUACUGAGCAAGAUACUGUUAGCAACAUACUCGUUGAGGGCUUAGAAAACGUGUGAUUCAUGCUUUUAAAGAUUUUUUUUCUUUUUUCUUUUUUCUUUUUUUGUUUUUUUCUUUCUUGAUACAAUGCGGGAUUGAGCCUGUGCCACCCAAACUCAAGUCCUACUGCACUACCUCAUGCAAUUUGACUUGGCGGUCAUUCACCGAAAGAA